AUCACAAAGCAUCCUGCAAGAUUUUGCAUUGGGAACAAUUCAAUCAGACCAGUUUAUAUAGCAAUUAGGUAACAAUUUAAAGGCAUUUGGAUUGCUGUUUCUGAUCAUAGAGGCGCUACCUUCAAUCAGCCAGACUAGCACUAUUCAGUGAUGACUGAUUCAGCUGCAAUAGACGAGCACAACACACCCCUCUUUACUCUUCUCAGCUUUCUUUUCAGUGAUGAAAAAGAUUGUUGUGACUGCCUUCGUUGUUGGUGUUUUGGUUACGAUUCGCGGCAUGUGAUACUUGAUUCCGGUGGUUUUCGAAAAUCAUGAAAGUCCUGGAACUCUUUAGUGGGAUGGGUGGGAUGCACUAUGCCUUGAUGGAUGCUGGGGUGACUUUUGAGGUGGUGGCGGCCCUCGACAUCAGUGAGGUGCCCAACCGAGUUUACCGCCACAAUUUCCCAGAUGUGCCGCACAGUGCCAAAAAUAUUUGUGGGCUAACCGUCCGUCAAUGGCAACAAUGGGCGGUGGAGGCUGUCUUGAUGAGUCCACCAUGUCAACCUUUUACCCGCCAAGGUCACCAGAAAGACACCCAAGAUCCUCGAUCCCAACCUUUACUGCAUUUGCUUACUCUUCUCCCGAAAGUCCCCACGCUCAAAUACAUCCUCGUGGAAAACGUCAAAGGAUUCGAGGAGUCCGAAGCCCGCUCCAAAUUGAUCGACACCCUCAAAAGCAUGAAUUUUCAUUGGCAAGAGUUCCUCAUCUCGCCCAUGGAUCUCGGGGUGCCAAACUCGCGUCUUCGUUACUAUCUCAUUGGGCAAUCCUCUGAACUGGCAUUUCAAUUUCCAACUCGCUCGGAAAUAUGGACGGAUACCUCUUCGCUCCGCAAAUUUUCGACAUCGCUUCAAACACCCGCCAAGCUCAAAUCAUUCCUGGAAACCAAUCCUCCAAUCACAUCUAAAUUAAGCGACGCCAUGUUGCUCCGAUAUGCCGAGGUCAUGGACAUUGUCACCGAGGAAUCCGAGCGAUCUUGUUGUUUUACCAAGUCCUAUGGACGAUAUGUGGAAGGUACAGGUUCUAUCCUUCAACAGUCCGGGGAUUUAGACUCCGUUUACCGGAGAUUUCGAGCUCUGCCCAAAGAAGAUGAAGCCCAAAGAGUGGCUGUUCUACGGGAAUUGGACCUGAGAUUCUUUACUCCCAGAGAAAUUUGUAGAUUAAUGGGAUUUCCCGAGGAUUUUGAAUUCCCUCCGGAAUCGACGCCCAUUCAUCGUUUUCGAGUCUUGGGCAAUAGUCUCAAUGUGAAAGUGGUGUCGUUUCUGUUACAAUUACUGAUACCGAGAUGAGAUUAUUUUUGUGGAUUGGUAAUUAUCUAUUGGAUCUACAUAGUGAUGAAACGAAAAUAAAUGGAAGUGAAUGGAAUGAGACGAUGAUAA